AUGAACCAUUUAACUUGUGAUAGUCUAUGUAAAGAUUUCUAUGAACACUUUGCAUUCAAGUUCUCUUGGGUAUUGUCCAUAUUAUUUGGUUGUGUGACAUCAUUUACCAGUUGGUCAAGUAAUCAAUUAAGCAUCAUGAUGGAAAAUUAAAAAUAUUAUUUAAUAACUAAGGUGGUUAGUAAUUAUUUGUGUUUUAGCAUUAUUGAUUUCAGUUCUCACCAUCUAACAAUCCAUCAAUCAAUGCUUUAUCCAUGGAACAAAAUUUGCCUGUGUUCUUUCCUAUUCUGAUAGCUUUAUUAGCUGUAGAUGCUGGAGAUACUAUAGCAGGACUUAGUUUUGCAGGAUUAGUGAGUAUUAACAUUUAAUAUAAAAGUUCCAUUUGCUUUAAUAUUUUAUGCCAUACAAUAUAUAAAUUUACAUUUUUUUGUCUUUAUCUACAUAAGCGACUGUCACGGACAACAAAGGCUAAAGAAAAAUAAUUUAAAAGACAGUAUGUCCACCAUUUAACCAUCAAAUUCCGGUUGAUUGUCGAUCUUUCAUCAUCAAAUUGUAGUCAUCAUGUUCAGCAGGAGUUAUCUAGCACAUAAGAACAACUUUGUGAACUGGUUGACAGAUCAGGGACUGAUAUUCAUGAUCAUCAUGAUUCAUUCUUGAAUAAUAUUUUUAGGUUUUCAUUUAAACUUUUAAUUUGAUCAUCAAAGUUUAGAUGAUAACUUAAGAAUAUUAUCCAAGGCGACUGAAGUAUCAAAAAUGCUAAUUGAUAAAGGUAAUCUGUUGAAAGCAGAGUUCAAGUUAAACCAAUUUGAUAAUACUUUUCUUUAGUUAAUAUUAGUCAAAUCGGUUGAAAUAUAUUUGUAAAAUUACCAUUAAUUUAAUCAUUUUAAUAUUAGAACAUUUAUAAUAUUUUUCUUAUUAGUUUUAAUAAAUUUGAAGUCACUGUAUAGAUAUAUAACAAUUUCUGGCUACAAAAUUACUAUGUAUUUAGAAAAUAAAAAGGUACUUAUAUCAUAUUUUUAGAUUCCAAGCGAAGCGAGGAAGCUAUUGGUUUUUCACUGUUAUUUAUUUAUUUCUUUCUUUUUGUAUUUUUCUUUGUUCUAGUCUGUGGACAUGUUUUUUCCCAGUAAACUUGCUCUGAUUUUUACGUGUAGCAGCUUUUCUGAAAGCUCAAGUUUUUUUAGAUGUCUAUGUUUGAGAAGUCAUUUUUUGAUUUUCAGUGCCCUUUUUUUUAAUUAAAAGCACUUGGGUGAAAAAAAACUUAGGAAAAUGUUCAAUUUCACAAUUUCAUUAAUUUAUAAAAACACAAAUGACGUUUUUUACCAAAAAAAUUAUUUAAUCGAAAAAUCAUAAAAUACCUUUUUUAUUGCCUUUUUGAUUUACUAUCUAUCGGUAUCAAUACCAAAACUUUUGAGCCACUUUUGAGGUUUUAAGGAAUUUUAAUUAUUGGGAGUUUUUUUGCUGUAAUUUGGUUAUAAAUACACCUAAAGGCUUGAAACUUGGUAAUAAUUCUUAUAUUGGAUUUACCUGGAUGUGAUUAAAUUUCCAAAAUCAUCGGACGACUUAUGUAUUACCGAACUGCUCUCGGAAUCGUCUUUUGUCAAGCAAUGGUUUAUCGUUGUUAUAAAAGAAUAUAACCUUAUGUAUCCUACCUUCCCAACUUCUCACUUACAACAGUAGCCGCUCCCAUCCCAUAAGCUCUUUCAUUAUGAACUUGCAAUUUACUUGGGGGAUUUUAAAUAAAUUUGUUUCCUUGUUGUUUUUAAUGAUUGUGGAAUCGUUUAAGCUUUAUUUGAAACCAUUUUUUAUUUUUACCCUCACUCCAUAUACUUUUAUUAAGUAUAUAUACUUUUUUAUGUUCAAAUUAAUUUCUUCUUUAUACUUUCUAUUAUAUAUUUGUUAUACAUUUAGUUUAGCACUCCUUGAAAUUUAGGAUUUUUUUUUCGGUAAUCUAUAUAUUUCAACGUUUUAAAAAUAGAAGUUUAAUUAAGUUUUUUGCGGAAAUCGUUUUAAAGUGAUUGUCUUACAAAGUUCACGAUUUUUGGUGUAUUAGGUAAGCAUUUUCAUAGGGAGCGAUUAUGCUUUUCAAACUAUUGGUUAGGUCACCUGUUACCUACCCGAAGUGGUUUUGCACCAUAAACCGAUAGUUAUUUUCGAUUAAAAUUGUCCAAGUGAGUUCAGCAAGCAAGUGACCAUAUAGAUCUCUUAUUCCACCUAUAAUGUUUUUUCACUUUUUUCUGUUACCUACCUGACGUGGUUUUAUAUUUUUGAAAAUACGAUAUUAGCAUACAUUGCGUUCCAAAAAAAUACCAACAUUUUAAAGGGAUGCUCAAUCAGACUUUGAUUUUCUAUUAAUUAAUUUGUACAUCAUCAGUUUUAAAAUGUUGAUUCGUUUAGGUUUCAAAAAAAAAAAAUAGAAAACUUUGUUUACCUACAGUAAACUAUGCGUUAAACACCAAAAUUCAUGUAUUUUGUAAGGCAUUAACUUUUAAAAACUAAUGAUUUCCUCAAAAAAAUUAAUUAAACUAAAAAUUUUAAAACAUUAAAAUACAUAGUUUUCCAAAAAAAAUCCACAAUUUCAAGAGGAUGCUAAAUAGAUUUGUAUCAUAUAUUUCAUACGAAAAUCCAUUUACUCUAACCAUUUUUGAACAUAUUGGGGCAAUUUCAAUAAAUUGGUUGAUAAAAUGAAUUCCAAAGUUAAUACUCACCUACUGUACUUUGUAUUUGUAAAAAUUUACUCUAAAAUCAAAAUUGAGCUAGUUUUACUUAUUCUAAGUAAGCAUUGUUUUUGCAUGUUAUCUGGUAGUUGGACUGGGACAGUAGAUGCAGGUUUUUUCUCUUAACAUGGAUUGUGUUGUUUAGGUUAAAAUUAGACUUGAAACACAAAUAAUACAAUUUAAAGAUAAUCAUAAUUUUAGUGCUUUAAUCAAAAAAAUUACCAUACAAAAUUUUAAUAAUUACAACAGUUUAAUUUUGCUUUUAUUAAAUAACUGAAUUUUGUAAGAUAAUUAUUAAAUUAGUUAAGUUAGUUAUACUGGUCCAGUAUUGAGCCUCAAGAACUAUUAACAUAAAUAAUAACUUAAAUAUUUCAAUAUAUUAUUUUUGAGAUUCUCACUGAUAAAAUUAUCAACUAAUUGUUUUUGCAAGUUGAAGGUUCUCAAAGUGGAUAUACAUAUUUGGUUAUUGAAGGUAGUAAUAAAAAACAGAACGUAGAAGUAAGUUGGUAUCUAGUAACCUUUACCUUUAUAUAUAUAAUUUUUAAUUUUUUUUUUUAUUCUAUAUUCUGUCAGUCAUUUAACACAUGUAUUAAACCAUGAAAAAAGUUAAAUGAAAAAGAAUUAGUAGACGUGUACUAGCCUAAGGAUAAGUGUGUUCUAUUAAGAGAUAGUGUAGCAUUAGUUGAUAGUCCUAGAGUAGAUGUCAUACAUCAUUUGGAUAAUUGGAUUGAUAAUCAUUGCAAUAAUGCUGAUGUGUUUAUUUAAGUUGCUAAUGCUGAAAAAUUAUUAAUGGUUAUAGUAAGUUAUAAGUUUAUCAAAUUAAUGGUGUUGUAAGUAGAUAUCAUAAAACCCAUCCAGUAUUUUAGUUAUACUUUAUAUAAUUUUUAAUAAACAUAUUGGAUAAAAUUAUACAUGGAUUGAUGCAGUUAAUAUCCAAGUAUCAUAAUUUUAAGAAUAAUUUCACUGUUCAACAUUAUCUUAAUUUUUUAUUUAAUUUUUCUAAUCAUCAAAAUUAUCUAUAUUUUUGUAUUUAAAUAUACAGUUAAAAUGUAAAUUAUAAAUCUGUUACACUGUUUUUAUUGGUCAAAACAAUACAAUGUUUACACCCCUGUCUAUUAAUAAACAUUCAGUAAAUAACAUGUUUUUUGUUGCCGCUCUAUUUAUCAGUUUCUCAGUACACUUUUAAAAUUCGGUAAUUGUUGAGUAAAUAAAAUUCUAUUUUUAAAAUUAUGGCUUUCCAAUAAUAGUAUUAAUGAAUUUGUGUAAAUUUAUUUUUAAAUUUCAUAUUCAGUAUGAUUGUUAAAUUAUUUAUCUUUGUAUUAAAAUUCAAAAAUAUAUGAGAGUUGUCCAAAUAUAUAUAUGACUUGUUAAUUUUUCUAUAACAAGAAUUAUCAAAUGUAUUCUAUAUUAAUUAUUCUAGAAGCAAUGUGUCUUAAUAUUUGAACUUAAACAGAAAUAUAAAAUAAUUAUUUGUAAUUAUUGAAUAUUAGGUACAUUAAGUAAAUCAAUUUUAAUACAUAAUUUGAAAUUUACAAUGAUCAUUUUUGAGCAACAUCUUAAUAAUGCUAGAGGUAAAAUAUUUUGUUGAAUUUUAAAUUAAAAUUUUUUUUUUUUAGUACAAAAACUUCUUCCAUAAAGUAUUAUUAAAAUUGUCAAAGCUAAACAUAUUUAUAUUGGAUUUGAAUAAUGGCUGAGAUGCUUGGAAUUCAAGGUGUCAAAUGGUAUUUAAUUUCAAAUGGUUCACGUUGCCGAUUUCUUAAACUUAUGUUUCUUUUUUCCUCUGGUAACAAUGCAGUUAAUUUUGCAAUCAUAUAAAACAUAAAUUAUGACAAUUAUUUAAUUAUUAUAAAUAAUAAUAAAAAAAAAAUUAUGUUUUAGUAAACUUGCUUUAUCCUUUACAUCAAGGGUCUCCAACCCGCGGUCCAUGGUAGAUAUGGCCCUACUUUCAAUUUCAACUUAUCAAUUAACUAUAUAUAGUAUGAGAAAAAAUUUAUUUUAAGAACAUAAAUCUACAAACUUCUGUAAUUUGAUGACAAAUGGUUUAACCUCUUCUCUCUGUAGCCUUACCUAAUGAACUGAUUGUUUUGAAUUUUACACGAGUUGAUCAAUGUGUUUAGUAGAUGUUACUUUGUAAAUUUCAAGUUGAUAGAAUAAUUACAGCCUGAGUAAUAUGCCAAAAGUAAUUGCAUAGUUUUUACUCGGAACUCUUUUUUUCAACAGUUCAACAAAAUAUAUGUUGUAUCCGUUGUUAUCACUUAUUUGCAAUGGUGGCCAUUUUCAAUGAAUAAAAAACAAUUUUAUUUAUGUAAAAAAAACUGAUUAACUAUAUCUUAAAUUUUAAUAAAAAAAAAGUAAGUGAUAUCCCAAUAAAAACCCUCCGUCAACUACAUGAAAAAACCUUGCUAAGAAAAAAAAAACUCAAGUUAGAAAAGAUGUGAUGUCAAAAAGGGGCUAAGUAAUUACUUAAAUUCAUUAGUAUUGAAAUUGUUUAUAAUUGUUCAUAUUUGAUGAAGUUCGAUAAUUUAAUACAAAUAAUUUAACUUAACUGUGCGGCUACUCAUAUUAUGUACUUAAAUAGUGUUAUGGUAAUAUUAAUAAAUUAUAAAAUGAUGAUGUAAAUAUUUAUUUAUUGUCAUAAAUGUAAUAAAAAAAUUAAUAGCUCGUCAAAAUAUUUCUACUCAUUAUUCAUUAUGGUAAAAAUUAUAAAUAGAAUGUAUUAUUAUUAAAAUGCAUGUGGCCCACAACAACUUAUACUUACAUGAUAUAGCCUAAUAUUCACUAAAGGUUAUAGAUACCCCUGCUUUACAUUAUUAACCACCUUUGAAUUUUCAUUCGCAUUUCGUUAUUAAUAAUACUAAUCAGAUUUUAAUAAUAUUUUCUUUUGGACCUUCAGUAUGAUUUCUUUUGAAUUUGUUAUCAGUUUAUAAAUUUAUUUAGUGUAAAUUAUAGUUGGGUUAUAUGUUCAGUUUUGAAUAUUAUUAUUAUUUAUCAAAUCUAAAGUUUUUUUAUGAAUUUAAUUUGUAUAAAUGAUAACAAUAGCAUAAUUGUAUCUACUGGAAAGAAAUACCUAAAGUUCAAAAAAAAAAUUACUCAAAUCUGAUUACAAAAUAUAGGUUUCACACUUGCAUCCAUUCAUAAAAUUACAUAAUUAAGAUUAUCCGAUUUGUCCAUUAAUUAACUUGCUUAACACUGCUCCAGCUUAUAAUCUUCCAAAAUAUUUAGACUCUCAUAAAAGAAAAAUUUAAAAAAUACUGAUAAGUCUAUAAAAAAUACAAAUGAUUUUAUUCAUAAAUUAAUAACAUUCAUAUAGUUAUGAAAUGAUUUAUCUUGAUGUCAAAAAUGUAUAUACAUCCAUUCCUAAACACGAAACAGUAAAUUAUUUCAAAAAUAAUCUUAUACAUAUAUUAAAUUUAAUACAAUUGAAGUACACGAAAUUAUUCAAUCAAUAAAUGUAAUUAUUAAUCAAAACUAUUUCCAAUAUAACAAUAAAUUAUAAUCUCAAAAAUAUAGGUUACUUAUGGGUGGCCCUUUAAGCACUCUUUUAUCUGAAAUUUAUAUGCAAAAUUAUGAAACCAAUAAUAUUAUUAACAAUAAAAUAUAUAAAAGUAUAUUAUAGAUAUGUCUACGUUGUCAUUUUAUUUAGAGGUUCAAAUAGACAAGCAGAAAAUUUAAUUAACUACUUAAACAAAAUAAAUAAAAACCAUUCAAUUUACACAAGAAAUACAAAUGAAUAACAUAUUAAAUUUCUAAGAUCUUACAAUUUUCAUAAUAAACAAUACAUUUGAUUUUAGUAUUUACAGAAACUGAUGUUUUAAUACCAUUUGAUUCUAAUAACUUUUAUUCUCAGAAAUAUCAUUUUUUAAUUUAAUAUUCUAUAGCCUUGAACGUAUUUCAUUAAAUGAAUGAAAAUGAAAUGAAAUGAAAAUUAUCAACGCCAGCUUAAUAUUAUCUAUAAUAUAGCCCAUACAAAUAAUUUCAAUUUAAAUACUAUUCAAAAAAUAGUACACAACUCGCCAAAUAAUGUUAACUGUUGUACUAUGAAAUAUCAAAAUAAUGUGUAACGAAUUCGCUAAAAUUCUGAACAAUUAUAUAAAUAAUGUAAAAAUCGCUUUUAAGACUAAUAAUAAUUUUAUCAAACAUUUAAACAUUACAUAUGUAUGUAUAUGUAUAUUAUGCUCAAAAGGGUUAUCCCGUAUAUUUAAUAAUAAAAAUAAAAAUAAUAAUAUGGUAAUAGGCAUCUAUAACCAUUAGAUCACGACGAAUAUUCUUUUAGUGAGAUAAUAUAGAGUUAUUUAACAUAACAUAAUAUCCGCACAUCAGAACUCCAAAAAGCUAUAAUUUCGAAACUUAGUCCGCUCAAUUCUGAGUUCAUCGUCGUUUUUAAAUCGGUAACAUAUAUGUUUAAUAAAAAAAAUUGGAAAAUUAGAUUUGUUCCACAUAAUUUUUUACUCCAAAUGAUAAAGCGAGUCCUUGGCGCCCAGGAGUUCAGUGAUCGAUUUCCUUGGUGAUGGUUCGUCUUCACAGGUGUUGCUGUCUACGGCGGUGGUUAUGGUUCAGGAUCGCCACCGCCGUGAUCACUCUUGUCAAGAUCUUUUGGACAAUGAGUCACAAGUUAAUAUAAUAACGCAGAGAAUGGCUAUGUGAUUAAAUUUAGAGACAAUUCGUGCUACAUUGCCCAUUUGUGGUGUUAAUGGCACCAAUACAAAUUCGACAAUAUGGACAAGUUUUGCCUCGUUCUACUCGCAAUAUAGAAAGACUAUUGAUUUUCACGUUCUCCUUGUCAUCACUGCUCCUUUACCAGUGCAGUCCGUGAACAUCACCAGUUGGAGUUUCCCAAAAGACGUAAAGGUCUGGCAGAUCCUGGAUUUAAUGUGUCCUCUGAAGUUGACUUUACUUUUAGGAGCAAAGACAUUUUACGAGCUUGUUCGUGCACUACCAAUGGGGAUGCCAGGAGGUUUGCCUUGGUUGUAUGAAACGGCUCUUGGAUGGAUAAUUUCAGGUCCGAUAGUAGCAAAUCGGCAACGAAAUCAAACAGUUUUGCCGAUGUUAUCACUGGUGACGACUUCUGCAUGGAUGGAUACCGAUAAAUCGAGGUGUAAGAAGAAUGAAGAUGAAAUGACGUGA